GAUUUAUAAUCUUUCCAUGGAUCUUCACUCCCAAAAUAUGGGCAAAUGGCCUUAUCCAAGAACUAUCGACGAACCAUCGACUAUCACAGUAUCAUUCCGCCGAACACCCCACUAUCGUCGGAGAUAUCUUGGAUUCAUGACACGCCAACCCAAGAUGCUUGAUACAAUCGCUAUAGGCCAUCUAGUAUUGUAAGCCACAAUAAUGAUGCUAGGGCCAUCAUGCUGAACAAUCAACCUGCUAAAGAUUUUUCCUCUCAUGCGCAAUUGCACGAUAUGCCCACAUAUCAACUGGAGGUAUAAAUGUAGGUGGUCUCUUCUUGCUCUCAGUUCAUUCCAUUUCAUUUUCAUUCAGACAAGUAUACAAACAUACAAGCAAUUGAGCCUGCAACUACACAUUUAUAUAUACACCAAUUACUCGAUAAUACUAAACAAACAUGUCUCCAUCCACACUCUUCACCCCUCUCAAAGUUGGAACUUCUGAGCUCCAACAUCGAAUUGCCAUGGCACCUCUCACCCGAUUCCGUGCCGAUGAUAACCACGUACCCCUUCCAAUGGUUGCCGAAUACUACGCACAACGUGCUUCUGUACCUGGCACACUGCUCGUCUCUGAAGCUACCUUCAUUGCUCCCAGAGCCGCCGGUUAUGCCAAUCCCCCUGGUAUUUGGAACAAAGAACAAAUUGCCGGAUGGAAAAAGGUCACCGACGCCGUUCACGCAAAGAAAUCAUACAUCUGGAUGCAACUAUGGGCAUUAGGAAGAGCUGCAGACCCAUCAGUCUUACAACAAGAAGGUGGUUAUAAACUCCAGUCUUCGAGCGAUAUUGCCUUCGAGGGAGGUGGCAAGCCAGAACCUUUGACCGAGGCCGAGAUUAAGGAAUAUAUUGAAUUAUACACACAAGCUGCCAAGAACGCAAUUGAAGCUGGAUUUGACGGUGUUGAGAUCCACGGAGCAAACGGUUAUUUGAUCGAUCAAUUCUUCCAAGAUACCGCAAAUCAACGUACCGACUCCUGGGGAGGAAGUGUUGAGAACCGCGCACGUUUUGGCCUUGAGGUUGCCAAAUCUGUCGUUGCAGCUGUUGGUGCCGAGAAGACUUCUAUGCGAUUGAGUCCAUUUUCUCCUUUCCAAGGAAUGAAGAUGGCAGAUCCUAUUCCACAAUUUACCUACAUCGCUCAAGAGCUUAAGAAAUUGAACCUUGCAUAUCUACACGUUGUCGAAUCAAGAAUUAUCGGAAAUGCAGAUAUCGAAGCAACCGAGAAGGUUGACUUUUUGAUCAAUAUCUGGAAUGGUACCAGCCCAAUUCUCCUCGCUGGAGGUUUCACAGCCGAAUCUGCAAAGAAGGCUGUCGAAGAAGAAUACAAAGGAAAGGAUAUUGUAAUUGUAUUCGGACGAUACUUCAUCACCAACCCAGAUCUUCCAUUCAGAGUUAAGGAGGGAAUCGAGUUCACUCCAUACGAUAGAGAUUUCUUUUACAACAAGAAGGAGGCUGAAGGAUAUACCACUUAUCCUUUCAGCAAGGAGUUUGAGGCGCAACGAAAGGCCAUUGAAUCUUCAGCAUAAUUUAUAUAUAUAGAAUUUUUUUUUAUAGACGCAUGGAUGGAUAGAUAGAUACCAAGUAGAUAGAUAGAGUGUAUUAAUGUUACGAUAGACUUUUUUUUUUGGGAACACAACAUCAGCCCAAACUCCUUGUGAUAGAUGAUUUAAUGAGAAGCUCAAAUAACA